UAUCUGAUUGGUCCGUUUGGUACGCAUCUGUCUAGAAAUAAAACUGUGUCAGUUACAAUGUGUGCAAAAUGUGGGUGACCUGUGAUAUUUGUAUUCUUAUCGGAUUAUCUUCACUGAUUGAAUUGUGCUAAUUUCGGAAUUAUGUUUUCAAGAAUUCUGAAGGGAUUAGUGCCAAUUUUGCUAUUUUCUUGACUUUGCCAUAAAUCAACCCUACCAAUUUCAAUAAAGAUAAUAUUUUGUUAUUUUGGAAUAAGGAGUUGGUGACAUUGCGUAAAACCCUGCUUAAUCAUGUCAGAUGAAUGGGACGGGUUUGAUCCUUUCAGAGAGUUCGAGGUUGAACAAAGGCCAUGUUUGAUUUUCUACCUCACGAUUGUGAAGGGUCACAACAUUACAAAAGGAUACUGGAAAGACACACUUGAUACUCCGGAUCCUUAUGUAAAAAUGACUAUCAAGACUGCGCCUAAUGGUACACAGCGAACCAAACAUUUUAACAAUAACGUCAAUCCGGAUUGGAAUGAGACGUUCAAAUUCUUUCUCGACCCACUUGUCGAUAACGAAAUGGAAAUAACUUUAGUAGAUGCUGACUACAUAUCAGACGACACUAUCUCGACAAAAAAGAUAAAGAUACCCAGUGCACCAAUGGAAAAGGUUCAGCAAACAGUACAAUUCAGUGAGAAGUCCGCAGUUGACAUAGAAAUGUCGGCAGAGCUUGACAACACGACAGAGCUGGGAUACAGUCUUGAUCUUUGUAAAGAAGAAAGACUUUUUAUAGAGAAAAGACGAAACUGUGUGUUUCAGGCAAUGAAGGAAAUUCUCGGAGAUGAUGCUCCCCGCACUAUCAAUGAGGUUCCGAUAAUAGGGGUAUUAGGUUCUGGUGGAGGAUUCCGUGCUUUGACGGCAUUUAGUGGAGUGAUGGGUGCCCUAGUGGACUCUAGGAUCUCAGACAUGGUCAUGUUUAAUGCAGGACUUUCAGGCUCUGCUUGGUACUUAUCUACUUUGUACUCACACCCUGAUUGGCCUGAGAAAUCUCCACGUGAACUUCGUAAUGAGUUACGGGACAGUAUCGACUCCAGUCCAUUCUGGACACUAAGUCCUGCUAGCUUGUGGCGGUACUGGGACAGAGUAAAGGCAAAGCGUGAUCAGGGACAGCCAGUCAGUUUCACAGAUUUCUACGGUCAUCUUGUCGGUGAAACUCUUCUACAAGGGAGGCUGGACGCAAAGCUAACAAACCAGCAAGAGAAGCUAAAAGAAGGAAAGAUUCCAUUGCCAAUGUACACCGGAGUGCACGUGAAGAAGGAAGUCUCAGCCAAGGUUUUUCACGAAUGGAUGGAGUUUACUCCGUAUGAAAUUGGAGUAAUGAAAUACGGAACAUAUAUGCCAACAGGGAUGUUUGGAAGCAAAUUUUUCCUAGGUCAUCUUGUCAAAGAGUGUGAUGAGCCGCCGCUGCAUUUUUUGCAAGGUAUUUGGGGAAGUGCGUACUGUGUACUGCUGAAAAGAUUUUUUGGUAAAAAGAACAACGAAAAAGAGAAUUCACAACAGGAAAGAGACGAAUUAGAUAAAGAGUUAAACGACGAUUUGCCAGUACAGGGCAGUGGUUGUCCUGAUACCAGUGACAGUGAAGACGGUGAAAGUACUGCAGAUGCUAAUGAUGAACAUGAGAAAAGGAAAAAGGACACUGAGGAAAACAAGCGUGUUUCAAUAUUUAGCUCACUUGUUGGAUCCGUGUUUGACUGCAAACCGUUCUGGAAUAGUAUUGACAGAAGGGCGGCAGUCGUGUUUAAUUUCAUGCGCGGUUUAUCGCUUCAAAGAUACAACCAAAACGAAGCCCAAGCAAUGACCGUUGGAGCAAGGUCCGUGAUUACUCUAGCAAAGAUUAGGUUUCCGAGUGAAAGCUCUGAAAACCAGUUUGAUGAAAUAUUUGAUAUGUUUCCUACGUCAUCGAAGAAGUUGUAUGUUGUGGAUGCCGGCUUGGCCUUCAAUUCUCCCUACCCACUACUGCUACGACCUCAGCGAGGAGUGGACCUCAUUCUGUCAUUCGAAUAUAGUUCACGCGAUCACGACAAAACAUCUCUUUUUUCGGAGCUGUUGUUAGCCGAGGAGUGGGCAAAGCUUAAUAAAGUCCCAUUCCCUGUUAUCGACCCUACCAUUGUUGACCGUGAGGGACUCAAGGAAUGCUAUGUGUUCGAAAAUCCCAACGAUCCGAAAUGCCCGAUCGUCAUGCAUUUCGUUAUCCUAAAUAUCACUUUCCGAGAGUUUAAAGCACCAGGCGUGCGAAGGAGCACUCAAGAAGAAAAGGAUUACGCUAACUUUGAUAUCUUCGACGAUCCAAAAGACACAUAUUCUACAUCCAAUUUCAAAUACACAAACCAAGCGUUUGACCGUCUUGCUGACCUUAUGGAAUUCAACACAUUACUAUGUAAAGAGUUGAUCAUUGAAAACAUAAAAAUGUGUGUUAAGAAUCGAGCAAUUUAGUGCAGAGGAAAAGAAGUGAAAAUGGCACUUAUCAUUGAAAUAAUAUACUGAGCAAACCAGCUACCCCACAAUUUAUUUUUUAUCUUUUUUUUGUUUUGUUUUUUUUUUUUAAAUUUUGUUAUCUAAGUAAAAUCAAACUAUGCCAUCAUACAAAUUUACUACUCAUUUUACUACUUCAAAUGUCUAGAAUUCACAAAAUAGCGAAAAUCGUUAUGAAGAUGGAAAAUGACAACAGAAAUAAAAUAAUGUCCUUGUCGUGUUCUAACGGAAAGGAGCUUUUAAUAUUAAAGUAAUGUUUAACAAUUUUCUGCUAAAAAUUAAAACUUGUCACCAUAUUAUUCCUACUGGUCUGAAGGUAAAACCUAUAAAAAUAAUUUGAAACCCUUAACCGACUUUCCUGCAAAUAAUGAGAUUAUUUGACUGUCAUGCUCACCUAAAUACUUAAAGAAAGACGACAGUAUAUUGAUGGAACUUACACUUAUAUAAUUCAGUUAGGAUUGUGUAGAAGUAUACUCCGGAAUUAGUAACACACAAUAUUGGACAGAUAGGAAAUACGUGUAAAUGUGUGCUACUGAAAUAGCUCAAAAGGAAAUGUUGUUUAUUUGAUAUCUUCAGAUAUUUGCAAAGGUUCUGAAUAGUCAUUACAGAACGGUUAAGAGUAAAAGCAUAACGUGUUAUAAAAACGCUAUUUUAUCUGGAAGGAAUAGAUGGAACAGCUUUUAUGACACUACAUCGAAUUAAUUAAACAGCGGCAAAUCAUCAUAGGAAGCGUAAAAUUUAUACAAAUGCAAUUCGAAGGAUUUGAUUUGAAUCAAAGUUACUGAGUGCUAAUUUUAUACUAAGUUUUUGUUUGAGUUUUAAGUUUAUAGACGUUAAUUUUCUUCUUCUAUAGACUUGCUUCUUUAAUUUCAUAGACGUGUUUUUAUCUUGUGGCGGUGUCCGUUCAGGCAGUGUUCUUUAUAUUUGUCUGUUUGUUUGUCACUUCUGUCUUUUUGUUAUUGAAUUCAUUGUAGUUUAUGUAUACAGUAAGUGUGCAGAUAUACACGCUCACGUGUACCCGUUUCCAUGUGCACAAUCGGUGUGCACAUAUACACGCUCACGUGUACCCGUUUCCAUGUGCUCAAUCAGUGUGCAUAUAUACACGCUCUCGUGUACCCGUUUCCAUGUGCUCAGUCCGAGUGCACGGAUACACGCUCACGAGUACCCGUUUCCAUGUGCUCAGUCGGUGUGCACAUACACACGCUCACGUGAAUCCGUUUUCAUGUUCUCAGUCGGAGUGCACAUAAACACGCUCAAGUGAAUCCAUUUCCAUGUACUCAGUUGGUUUGCACGUAUACACGCUCACGUGAAACCGUUUCAAUGUGCUCAGUCGGUGUGUACGUAAACACGUUCAUGUGUACUCUUAUUCACGUGUUCACUCGAUAUACACGUACUCACUUUACGUGUACCCGUUUCCAUGUGCUCAGUCCUUGUGAAUACAUAUACGAGCACACGCGUACCUGUUUCCAUGUGCUUAGUCUGUGUGCACGAUAGAUGCUCACGUGUACCCGUUUCCAUGUGCUCAGUCGGUGUGCACGUAUACACGCUCACGCGUACCUGUUUCCAUGUGCUCAGUCGGUGUGCACAAUGUGGAGUGCUGUAAAGGUGACUGCAUACCUUGAUUGUGACUUUCUGUUUGACGUUUGCCCUAGUGUUUUCUUUAUUUGAUAGACGUGUUAUUCAUUGAAAUAGAUACUUUACAUUAUAUACAUACGUUUGAUCUAAAAAAAAAUGUUGUUUCACUCAUGUGGUUCUGUGACGUAAAUUUGUAUAUGAAAAUAAUUGGAACCACUGACUUACCUUGGCUUGACCUACAUAACUGACAUUUUGAUUAACUUGUUUUUAAGUUUUCUAUAUAUACUAAUAAAGGUUUAUAAACGUG